AAGAGGUGAAGGAUGGCUGCCGAAGGAGGGAGAGCCAAGCCCGUUGCCCAGUCCAGGAUGGAGAACUUCCGAAAGGUGAGGACCUCAGAGGAGGAGAUGCCAUUACCCUUCCCAGACCUGCCCCCAGACGUGGUGGAGAUGAAAGUGAAGGAGGGCAGCAAGAUCAGGAACCUGAUGAACUUCGCCAUGGCCCAGAUGGAGCUGAAGGGCAGGCGGCAGAUUGUGUUCAGCGGCUGCGGCAGGGCGGUCACCAAGACCAUCACCUGCGUGGAGAUCAUGAAGCGCAAGCUGGGAGGGCUCCACCAGGUCACCAAGGUACGCUACAAAACUGUGCUGGAGGUCUGGGAGAACCAGGACCCGCCGCCCGAUGGCCCUGCACAGAACCUGACUGUCCACAAGAACGUCCCCUCCAUCUGCAUCCUGCUCUCCCGGGACCCCCUGGAUCCCAACCAGAUGGGAUACCAGCCCCCUGAGCCCCGGCAUGAGGCGGGAGAAGACACAUUGGGAUCCUCCACCAAGGGGCUGAAGCGGCCGCUGCCGCCUCCCUGCGAGGAGCUGCUGCCCAAGAAGCUGCAGCCAGGUAUCGAGGCAGGAAUAUCCACUCAAUCCAGGGUCACUGGUGGGCUGCAGUCUCCCCCUGAGCUGUCCCCCCUUGGCUGCUCUUUGACCCCUGUGGAUGGGGGUCCCCAGAUUUGGCGUGAGCGUUAAAAGGUUAAACCCACCAUGGAUUGAAGCAGGUGAGGAUGUGGGGGGGGAGCUGGUGACCUUUAAUUCAGCCACCCAGGGACACCGUGACCACCAGCCACAUCCUGCAGCGACUCCCAGGGAGCCAGAGCAGCCGAGGGGUGCCUGGACCUCCACCACCGCUCCGCACUGCAAACACCUCAUCCAUCAGGAGAGAUGCGUUUGCCCCAAGCUUGUUGGAAGAAAACCUUCGUUAUCAAACCCGCUGCUGAGGAGCUGUCGGAGUUAUUAAUGCCGGGCUCAGCAUCCUGUGAGGCUGUGAUUCAUCCCAAAAAAAAUCACCCAAACAAGCACAGGGAUUGCUCUCUCCCUGCACCCACAGAGCCAAGCACUGCACUGCGCUGCCUGCCUGUGGGACAGCACAAGGAAAUAAAACAACCCACACUGGAUACUCUGGUCUGGAGUCGGGGGAAACCAUGGUGUGGGGAACUGGGGGCAAUGGAAGCGCUGGGCGGGGGGUUAUUGUGACUGGAUGCAGUGCCCAGCACAGGAGGUUUUGGGGUUGUGCCUUGGCUGCAGAGUGCUUUGGAGCAAAAUCCCUGCUACUUCCAGGGGGUAAAGGGAAAUGAAUGGAAAAUAAAAGCUCUUUAGAAAUA